AUGCCAGCAGCAGUAAGAAGCGCAGAUAGAGCAAUGGAAACAGGGACAGCAGCAGCAGCAGCAGCAACAGCAGCAGCAGCAGCAACAGCAGCAGCAGCAGCAACAGCAGCAACAGCAGCAACAGCAGCAACAGCAGCCAUACCCUCCAAUUUUGGCGAUUUUGCUUCCCUCUUCCGACACAUACACGAGAUGAGAAAGCACAUGCUGCAGAAGCCCGCAGCAGCAGCAGCAGCAGCAGCAACAGCAGCAAUAUCAGCAGUACAACAACAGCAGCAGCAGCAGCAGCAGCACCAGCAACAGCAACAGCAGCAGCAGCAACGGCAGCAGCAGCAACAGCAGCAGCAGCAACAGCAGCAGCAGCAACAGCAGCAACAGCAGCAGUGGCAACAGCAGCAGCAGCAACAGAAGCAGCAGCAAUAG